CACGAAAGUUUUUUGGGCUGUGGAGGGGCCAUUAGCCAGCAACAAGUUACAAUGGCGGACAGGCAGGAUGCUUUGGUGGCGGAAUGGGAAUGAUUCCACUAAAACACUCCACCAAGAAAAAUUGUCCAAAGUCACAGGAUGCAUUUGAGCUUGACUUUUUUUUGCGUCAUGACAAGCUUGAUCAUCUCUUGUGAGAUUUGGAAGUUGUGAGAUUUGGUUCUUUAGAGGGUGAAAUGUUUGAACUUGUGUGCCACCGCCGACUUUCAUUCAAACAAACCACAUGAAAUGGAUACGACUUAUUCCAUCACAAAACAAAAAGCUUGUCAAAAUACACCGGCUCGAGUUGUGUUUCACCACCGUGGCACCCGUGCUCGAUACGGCGAGGUUCCAUCUAUAAAUGCAAACGUUUCAAACGUUUCAAAGGCAGGCCUUUCGAGUGAAGCUAAAGCUCAAGCGGAAAGAUGGCGAUCAUGUCCUUUGUGCUUGUGUUGUUGCUGGCCCUGCAUGGGAGUGCUCUUGGCCAAACUUUGAGCUCCAGCUUCUACCGCUCCUCGUGCCCAAAUCUCACCACCAUCGUGAGAGCUGCAGUGCAGCAGGCCGUCCAGGCAGAGGCUCGAAUCGCAGCCUCGUUUGUUCGCCUCCAUUUCCACGACUGCUUUGUCAAUGGAUGCGAUGCUUCCAUUCUUCUCGACGGCGCAAACCUGGAGCAAAACGCGUUUCCAAACGCUGGCUCCGCCCGUGGCUUCGACAUCGUCGACUCCAUCAAGAGCUCCGUCGAGAGCUCCUGCCCGGGUGUUGUCUCCUGCGCUGACUUACUGGCGCUCAUUGCCCGGGACUCCGUAGUCGCGCUGAACGGGCCUUCGUGGACGGUGGUGUUUGGAAGGAGGGAUAGCUUAACAGCAAGCCAAUCUGCCGCAAAUGCCAACCUUCCUCCUCCAACUUUGAAUGCCUCAGCGCUCAUCGCGAGUUUCCAAAACCAGGGGCUUUCAACCACAGAUAUGGUGGCUCUCUCUGGGGCUCACACCAUUGGGCAGGCCCGGUGCACCACCUUUAAGGCUCGGCUCUACGGGCCCUUCCAAAGAGGUGACCAGAUGGAUCAAAGUUUUAACACCUCGUUGCAAAGCUCGUGCCCGAGCAGCAAUGGCGACACCAAUCUCUCGCCGCUCGACGUCCAGACGCCCACGAGCUUUGACAACCGCUACUUUAGGAACUUGCAGAACCGGAGAGGGUUGCUUUUCUCGGACCAGACGCUCUUUUCCGGGAACCAGGCCAGCACGAGGAAUCUCGUCAACUCAUACGCUUCGAGCCAGAGCACUUUCUUCCAGGACUUUGGCAAUGCAAUGGUAAGGAUGGGUAAUAUCAAUGUGUUGACUGGAUCCAAUGGAGAGAUUCGAAGAAACUGUGGAAGAACAAACUAGCUUGAGAAAAAGUAUACUUGAUAAACACCUUGGAACCAAGGGAUAAUUUUUAUAUAUUGAAAAAAUUUGCCACAGUA